UUGAGACAGCCAAGAUGGCGGAGGACGUGGAAGGAGUGCCCGCUGAAGGGAAGAUAAUGGACGAAGAGGGCUCAAUAUCUUCGUUUGAAAGUAAAAAUGAAGACGAAGAAGUAGAAGAAGAGCUUUUUGAUGUAGAAAAAAUAGUUGGAAUGAGUAAAAAUGGGGGUAAAUCACUGUAUAAAGUAAGAUGGCGAGGAUAUCCACCGUCACACGAUACAUGGGAACCAGUAGAAAAUCUUGCCAGUUGUUUAGAUAUGAUAGAAGAUUUUGAUGCUAUGAGAGAAGAAUCCAGACGAAAACGAGCAGAAGAAAGAAAGAAAAAACAGGCAAUUAUGGAAGGCCGAUUGCAAGAAGAUGUCAGUUACUCACCAAUCUCUAGUCAGACCACUCCUGAAAGCAGUUCUCCGUUUAUGAUUGAUGAAAAUCCAGAAACGACGCUUAAAGACACCUUUUGGAAAGAUCUAGAAGAAGGAAAGGUAAAUCUGUUUGCUACGGACAUGUACAGUAAGGUAAAAGGUCAAGGUCGAGCAUCCAGACCUACAUCCUUUAAACAGAUAUUUAACAACUCCAAAUGUACUUCUCCCACACCCGAGACACAGAGCUCAUCAUCGGGGAGGAGAAAGAGUGACAGUAGUGCUAGUAAAAAGAGAAGUAAGGGCAAGAAAAGUCCUUUGUCUAAAAAAGUCAGUCCAAAGACAGUAAAUGGUAGAAAGACACGUAAGGCUGUGAAAUCUCUCUCGUAUAAAGAAGUAGCUGAAAGUGAUCAUAUUAGUAAUGACAGUAAUGACAGUGCAAUCACUAGAAGUUCUAUGAGUAGUGAUAUUUCAGUAGCAACACCUCAGAGUGUUAGUAGUGAGAACCCAAGUAGUGAAUUUGACUCUGGUGUAUUUGACUCGUCUCUCAAUAAAACUUGUGACUCGCCUGAAGAUCGGAAACAGACCAUUUCAGAAAACAAACUGAGUCUCUUACCUGAUUCUAGUGAGAGGAGUAAGAGACGAACACCUCAAAGAAGCUCUCCACGUUCGUAUACAGAAAUUAUUUCUACUAAAAGUGCUACUCGACAACGAAGGGAUUGUGAGCAGGAUCAAGUGGCUCAUAAGAGAACGAAAUUAGAUUCUCUAAAACUUACUAAACAAUCAUCACCAUUAGAACAGAGUUGUAAUGUGGUUACUAAUUUUAUUAGUGGAAAAGAAAAUUUAGCUGAAACACGACAAAAUAUUGUAUCACAUUUAUCAGACUUUAAUAGUUCCAGAUCGAAAGUCCACAAAGUAGAUAGCUCACAAACUUUAGAUAAAAAUGCACAUUUUAGUAAUAUUCGAUUGAAAAAUGAGUUUACACAGCCGUUGGAAAAACUUUUAAGUGGUUCGUUGUUGAAUUUAUUGCCAGAUACCAAAGGUCAAGAUGAGGGCUGUGAUAUUGGAUUUGAAAUAGAUUUAGAUGAAGUUGAUCUCGAUGAUAUGGAUAGACAGAUGUCUUUUUCACCCAGCUCUAAUCCCGCUGAAUUAACCGAUGAUGAACUAAAACAGGCUGUGUUAGAUGGUGAUUAUGAUUUAGUAAAGAGAGCAUUUUCUUCCAUGACAAGUUAUGAUCUUGAACAACCUGAUGAAUCUGGUAAUACCUUGCUCAUGCAGGCUGUACUUAACUCAUAUGAUGAUAUUUGUGAAUUAUUAGUCUACCAUGGAGCUAAACUAAAUGCUCAAAAUAAAAGUGGAUGUACUGCUUUGAUGCUAGCCUGUGAAAAAUGUGAUAUUUGUACCUUGGCAUUGUUGAUAGAAAUUGGUGCAAACAUGAAUAUACAACAACCUACAGGAGAAACUGGUUUAAUUAAGGCUGUUAAACGUGGUCACAAGCAGAUUUGUCAGUGUUUAUUAGAGAAUGGAGCUAACUUUGCUCUAACAACUAAUAAUGGUUAUAGUGCUUUAACCUAUGCUAAGACAAUGAGACAUUUUGAUGUAGAAGAUAUUAUGAUAGAUCAUAUAUCAAGGUUAACAACCGAGUUUGAUAGACAAGUAGCUCUGACAUUAAAUAAUACAGCCAGAAUUAUAACGGCUUUAUUUCCAUUGCAAUGUUUUCCUCUUAAUGAAGGAAACAAGUUUGUGAUAGAUUUUAAACAUGUUAUGGAACCAUUACAUCCAGGUGUUGGAUUUCUAUUGUUUAUAUCACAUGCAAGAAUUAAACAUAAUGAUAUACGCUGUCGAUUAUAUGGACCAUGUGCUGUAACCGGUGUUGUAUUAAACGGUGUUCGACAACCAACUUUAACAGAGAAUUCCAACUUUGUCUUGUCCUGUCAUCCAUUAUUACCAGGAAAGAAUGAAUUGUGUAUUCAUACAGAAUCGGCACCGGCAUCAAAGGCUAAACUAGUAGUGUGUGCAUAUAAGGCUCAGUUGAUGGUGACGUGAGAAUAUCCGUAGUAAAAUAUGAAGAGAUUAUUACUAAUGGUAGUAGGAGAACUAUAAAAUUAUUAAUAUAUUGAAAUAAAGUGUAAGAUAAUUUAUUAACAUCAACUUUAUUACAACUUGAUUUAUUUUAAUUUAUUUUGUAAAUAUUUAGCCAAGUUAAUUAUACAUUUAACAUUUAUUGUUAUUAUAAAAAUAUUCCUCUGAAAAAAAAAAAGAUGAAGUUUGUGACAUCUACAUUGUGUACUUGUGUUGACUGGUAUGUAACAUUGUUAAAUAUCUAUCUUUCUAAAUGCCCUAUUUUUUCGCCAAAAAAAAAGAAGUUAUAAGGCACAUUACCAUUUCAACCUCAUUGUUCUAAAAUAGAAAAUAGGGCAUUAUUUGUAUAUUAACAUUGCAUUUAUAAGACAAACCAUGUAUCAUCAUCAUGACUACUAAGACAUCGAAAGAUCAUGAUUUCCACAAGUUCCUAAGAUAUAUUGAUACCAUUAAAGCUGAUGAUCGUCAUUUGUAAAAUAUAUAAUCUAAUCCAUGCUAAAAUAUACUUUUACAUUUAAUCAAGAAACUUAAACCUAAAUAUAAUUGGUAGAUAAUCUUUCUGUUGGCAUUCAAUCAUAUUAAAAAGAGGCCCAUCAAAAGAGUUUACCCAUCACAUAUAUUUAAUGCUGGGCUUGCUUAUAAGGGUCAGCAGAGAAUGCUGAAUGUUGCAAAUUUUGAUAUUCGUCAUGUCGUUAUAAUAAUAUGGAAUUGAAUCAUUUAUUGGACUGAUAUUUCCACAAUAUUGUAGUUUGUCAAGUAUUCAAAAACCCUCAAAUGACGAUCAGUGGCUUGGAAUAUUUAUAAAUAUAUAAUAUUUGACUUGUAGAAGAAGGUGCAUUACAGUAAUUAUACCAUAUUAUACAUACAUAGUACAUGUACCUAUCUACUUAUCAGCAUUUUGUUACCUAUUUUGAUAUUUUAUUGUUAUAAUUAAGAACAUAUAUUAUAUAGUAGAUAAAGAUGAUAUUAUUUAUUAAUAGAAUACAAUAGGAAUGAAAUUAGAAUAGAUUAAUAUAUUAGAUUAUAAUGUAGAAGAGGUAUAAUCAUAAUAGCAUAUAAUAAUUAUAAUAGAACUUUGCAAAAUAAAUUUAAAAUUGUCUAAUUUCAAAAUUUUUAUGAGAUGUAUAAUCUUUUUAAAUUUUUAUCUGUUAGAAAUAAUUAUACUAAAUUAAAAAUAAUAUAGACAGAUAAUUUUAUUAGAUUAAUAGUUAAAGUAAUAUUUCAUUAAUAAUUUCUGUUUUUGAUGAAACUAUUUUAUCGUGAAACGAGUCAAAAUUAGUUCAUAAUAAACAAAAGGCAGCUGAUAUAAUAGAGUUAAUCUACUCCGAAAGAUAGAAAUAAAUUUCUGUCUAUAGACAUUAUACACACACUAGAUUAUUACUUCCACCUAGAAAACAAAUUAACUUUUGGAAGGUUUAAUGGUUAUAGAUUCUUUUUUUUUCUUUUAUCAACACUUGCCUUUAGUCAUGCUAGUAGUUGUUUAGAAUUGGGUAAUUGUUAUUUGUGUAGCAUUUAUAUGUGUAGCUAUUAGUAGAAUUUAUUAUUAAUCAUAUAAUGAAGUAUCUCCUAAUAAUAAAUUUCAUAGGUGAUAUUGACUGUUUUGCAUUUAAUAAUAUAUACAACCAUAUCUCCUAGACUUCAUCUUUUUGAUUUCUGUUUCUAUUCAUUUUAAAAUGAUUUAAGGUGAUAGAUAAAAUCUCAUACAUAUCUUUUAGAUAUAUCAAAUAUAUUGACAUUCGGAUCAAGUAAAAAUUCUCCAUUGUUUUCACCUUAUUGACUUGAGUUGAUCUGUUUGGUAUAAAAAAAGACUUGUUGUAAACAGCGGUGUACAUUCAAACUACAUGUAUAAACAAUAGUUAAUUGUAUUUUCAUAUAUUGGGUGAGGUCAGAACAAAAAGUUAGUGCUAGAGUUUGUGUCAGUAAAAGAGUUAAGCUGAGCCCCUUAAAUUGAUGUUAAGGUUAGAAAAAAGUUUACACUUUGGAAAAUAUAUUAAAUUUUAAAUUUGAGACUCGUGGUCAUUUCCUAUAAUUGGUUUGUUCUAUCUACCUCUAAGUACAUUAUUACUGGAGAAUUAUAAAAUGAAUCUGAUUCUGAGACGAGCAGUUAAAACUUUAUUUUUUUUAUUUAAACAUACAUUAUGCAAGAGAUAAAUCUGCCUUUUGCAGGUCUUGAAUCUGAUCUGCUGCUCAACACUCAUCGAUGAUUAAAUCCAACAAUGGAUAAUCAAGACUAUGUUUUUUAUCCUACUGACUUUAGCAAUGAUGAUCGAGGCUAGGCCUAAAAUUCAAUCGCUAAUAUCUCGGUUCAGAGUGGAGCAAUUUGACUGAAAUUUUCAGCAUAUUCCUUUUAAAUUAUCUAGUUUGUAACUAUUAAAGUGAGAACUGACAGCUCUUUAUCUAAUCUUCCAUAAUGCACCUUUAAUUUUUACUUUUAAACUUAACACUGACUCACUUUUUUGACCUCAACCAAAUUUGUAACAUUAUCUUGGCUUUUAAUUACUCAACUGUAGUGGAUCCAACACUAGAGUCACUCUAGUGUUUCCCUAAUCUCAGCUCAUGGAAGUUUUCCUAUUUAUUUAACAUGGGCAUCAAUAGCACACUACCUCUAUCCUCUAGGUUAUCGAGGUCAAAAAUAGAUGUAUAAUGUUACCUAAUUUUCAUAAAAUGUUAUUUUUUCGUCAACUAUCAUUAUUCAAUAUUAAAAGUCCUUCAAUAUUUAUACGAAACACACAAAAUCUGAUAUUUGUUGUGGUCAAUUCUUUAGAAAUGAGCCAAGAACUUUUCGGAGCAAGAUAAACGGAAGCCAUGUUUGAAUUUGUUUCAGGUAACACUAGUGUUGUCUGGAGACUCUAUCUUGUAAUUUUAUCCACAGUUGAAUGAUAUUAAAACUGUAGUUAUCUCCCUUUUUGGCUUAACACUUUAUUUGAGGUCGAAAGUUAGGAACAUCGUUACUCUAGUGUUACAUUACGUCAUAACUAUUAACUCUAACACUACAUUUGACCUCACCCAUUGUACAAUUUUCAUGAUUGAAAGUUCUGAGAUUGUAAAUAUACAAUUGGGAACUUUUACAUUCUUUAACAAUGAAGGAAUACCUCAUGGGCGGAUUUGAUGUAUACAUGUAAUUGAUCUUUCAUUUUUAGUUUAGUUUUAACAAACAUAGACCCGGUAAUUAUUUUGAAAACCUAAUGUAACACUAGAAAAAAUAUAUAUUAAUUCCUUUUUACCUCUUAAUUUUUAUAACCAGGUGCAAUCCUCACUGAUUUAAACUACGGGUUAACCAUUUUGUUAGUACAUAAUAUUUUUUUUUUCAUUGAUAAAAAGAAUUAAAACAACUUUAUUUUUAAUUUAAUAAUUCAUCAAGCUAUUUGUUAGAAAGCAUAAAACUCUCCUCUUAAUCUUCUCUGUACAUUUCAUAUAUUGUGCCAAAACAAAGAUCUCAUGAUAACUAAUAUAAGCUUAAAAAAGAAAAAUAAUAUCUCUGAUUUGAAAGAUUUUAAUAUGGACAGUAUAGUAAUCAUAAUAUAAUAACUAGCUGUAUGAAAACUCACUGAUCAAUGCAGAAUUUGAUAUAUUAAAUGACAAUUUGUAUAAAUAGAUGUUGUAACAGGGUGCUUUACAUAUGUAUGUCUGUAGAAUCUAUUAUAUGACCCAUCUAAUCUUUAAACUUCAAGAAAUUUUACUAAUUUCAUAAUUUGAUUAGGAAUAAAUGUGUAUGUAAAACAAAUUUGAUAAAUCAUCAGUAAACAAUUUGUGAAAAGAUUGACAGCAAGUAAAUUGUUUUAUCUGUGUACAGCACACAUUCAAAGAUGUGACCUAUGCACAUGAAAAUGAUUCGGUUAGAAUGAGCUGUGGCGGCUAAUUCUGUUAAUAUGAAACAUUAUUGGUAACACAGGUCCUCAUUCUUUGUCACAUAUUCCUCUGUUUGAUGGGUCAUAGGCAUUUUUGUUAUUAUUCUCAAUGUUUGUAAAUACAACAUAGUUAUCAAUUAUAUAUAUGAAUUAUUUGUUUCCAUUUUGAGUUUUUAAUGUUUUCUUUGUUUGAAUAUUGUUUUUGUUUAGUUUUUGUAUAUAAAUUAUUGGUGUCAAAGACAUGUAAAUUAACAGAAAUUUGUGGAUAGUGAAUUCAUUAAACUAAAUUAUAAGUUUAAAUUGUUUUGUUUUGAAAAAAAUAAAAAAUGAUGAAAAAAAAUAAAAAAACAUUUUUUUGGAGGAAAAAUUACCUUGAGACAUUUAUAUCAUUUUUCGUACAAAAACAGCCAACAAAAGAAAACAUAUCAGCAUUUAAUGAAAUAAAAGGUUAUUUUCUUCUUUAUUCAUUGUAUCUGUGAAGCUAAAUAUUGUGUAGCAAUGUUAUGUAAUAGUAAGCCAUGAUUGUUAGUCAGUUUAUAAGAAUGUAUAGAGGAGAUAUUAUGUAUUAUUUUGUAUACAUGUACUUGUAUAUUUCAUAUAAGUUAGUAUAAUACAGCUGGUAUUAUGUAGUAUGAUAAUAAAUGAUGAGGUUUGAGGGCUUUUCUGUAUAUUUGGGUUAGAUUUGUACAUAACAGUUUAUUAUUAUAUUCAUAAUUUGUUUAUUAUUAUUAUUAUCGAUGGUAUAAGCUUUUUUGUGCCAAAAUUUUGAUAUGUUUUUGACAUUUAUAAUUUGAAAAGCUUGGACUAUGAAUGUAGUGAUUGUUUGCUUCACCAGGGAUGAGUGGCUAUAUUGUCUGGUGGUGAUCUUUUCUAAUGGAAAUAAAUCAUUAUUAACAUAA